CAUAUUCAGCCAAUGAUAUCAAUAUCUUCCCUCCCACCAUUGCAGUUGGAUAGAGCUUCAACGAUGCAGAACAUUGGAAUUCGGUGGGGAUCGCUGCAUCCGCCAGCAACGUUACCUAGUGCCAAUAUACUGUAUGAGAAUUUCCAUCGGCUCUCUCGGCUCACCCCUUACAGAAGCCAAGGAAGCCCUUGACGAUUAUUCUUUGAAUUGGAAUUACUUCUACUAGGUAGAGAAGCGUUGAAGCCUAUUAUGGCCUUCUUUUUGAAGUCGUGCUCAAACACAUGAUUCCGCUCCAUGAGCCCUGGAUUGAUAAUUCACAUGGGACGAGCUUUUCGCUGCGAGAUUUGCAGAGAAGAUUGAUUGGAUACCGACUUUGUGGUCUCGAGAUAUAACCUGGUCUUCGUCCCUGAACAACUUCUUUGCUCGGAUACCAGCCGAGACCACUUGCCCGCUGCGAAAAAUCGAGUCGACUUGCACAAGAUGGUGUCACGAAGCUUCACGACUUUGUUGGCCUUGGUUGUAGCGGCCUCUGCUGGCUCUUUGACAGAUAUCAAGCAUGUAGUCCUUUUCAUGCAAGAGAAUCGAGCCUUUGAUCAUUACUUCGGGACUAUGGCAGGUGUCCGCGGAUUCUCUGAUCCCAAUGUUCAGUUUAAUCCUAGCACUGGACUUAACACAUUCCAACAGAAAGUGAAUGAUGGCUUGUCACCAUUAGCCACCUCACUUUUGCCAUUCUACAUCAACUAUCUUGGUGGCAACUGGACAGCUGCUUCACAGUGUGCAAGCGGUGGCAGCAACUCCUGGUUUAACAAUCACCUUGCGCUUAAUGGAGAUCUGAAUGAUCAGUGGGCCUGGGAUAAUACUGCCAUGAGCUGGACCCACUUCAAGAGACAAGAUCUUCCUCUCCACUUUGCUCUUGCCGAAGGAUGGACUUUGGCUGACAUGUAUCAAGAAGGAGUUAUAGCUUCUACUUCGCCAAAUCGUGUGACCUGGAUGAGUGGCUCAAUCAAUUGUCCUGGUGGACCUCAAACUCCUGACCAGGGAGGAAUUGUCACAGAUAACAGUGAAGGGCCAGGCUGUGAAUCCCCGGGACUGAAUUGUGAGCCUUUGUAUUGGCAGACUGUGCCCGAGUUCCACCAGAAUGCAGGAGUAUCAUGGAUGGUUUAUCAGGACGAAGAUAAUUUCGGAGACGACCUAUUGAUUGACUCAUUCUAUCAGUAUCAGAAUGCCCCAGCUGACUCUCCGUUAACGAUGUACGGUGCAUCAUAUCCUGGCUUGGAUAAGUUCUACGCGGAUGCAGCUGCUGGAACUCUUCCUCAAGUAUCAUGGAUUGUUGGACCUGCGGAGCUAAGCGAACAUGCUACGUACGGACCUCAGGAUGGUGCAUGGCUUCAAAGGCAAGUUGUUGAGGCGGUGGUGAAUGGUGCUGCUUACAACGAGACUGUGUUGAUGAUUUCUUAUGAUGAAACUGGAGGCUGGGGUGACCACGUCACCCCUUUCCACUCUCCCAAUGGUACCGCUGGAGAAUGGAUCGAGGAUCCUUAUGGUGCUGUAAACUACACGUAUACUGGCCCAGGCUUCAGAGUUCCUUUAACUAUCAUCUCUCCAUGGACUCGAGGAGGUCAUGUCUUCACGGAACAUGCUGACCAUACUUCUCAAAUCCUGUUCAUGGAGACGUGGCUCGAGGCGCUCGGAUAUGAAGGUGUCCAAACCACAGAAAUUCCUGCUUGGAGACGAGCACAUAUGUCUAACCUCGUCAGCGCUUUUGACUUCGACAACCCGGACUACUCCAUCCCAAGCCUCCCAGUAAUCCCAACACCAUCAACUGACUCUUCAGGAAACUACAACGCGGCAUCAGUCUGCGAAGCUCUAUACGGACACUACGGCCCGUCUAUCCCCUAUGGCCCCGAGAAUGAGGCCCUCGACCCUUCCACCCUCAGCGAAGAAGGCUUCAAGUCUGUUCGUGGCUAUUUAACCGAAGGCCGCUACCUCGUCUUCGAGAUGAACGGCUUCGCACUCACAAACCCUAGUUCUAACGCCACUGAUUUCACCGCCACAACAUCAACUGCUACUCACAGCGAUAUUCAUCACCGAUGGGUAAUUCACGCUACAGGAGGAACGGCCACAGAUGGUGGAGCUGGAGCGGGGACGUUUAAUGUCAGUAGUGCCUUUGACGGGAGGUAUGUGAAGAGUCAUACUGGUCUGGGGAAGGGAACUAGUGGUGCUGAGACGUAUACUAUUGCGGAUUUGGGGAAUGGACAAGGGUAUUCUUUGAUGAAGGAGAAUGGGAAGUAUCUUUCGAUUGAUCAAAGUGGAGUUGUGGAUAUUGUUGGGACGGUGCCUGUUGGGUGGCAGAUUUGGAGUGUUACGUAUCAGAGUUAGAAUCAGGGGUAAGUAGUAAUAAUGAC